AUGAGUAUACUUAAGUGCCUGGGUGCGUGCAGGAGUCAGCUCUAUGCUGCCAGAAACUAUCUUAAAGUGCUGGGUUUUCCCUCUUUUCACACAGCCCCAAACUCCUCUAUUGAACUUCACACUCAAGAGGAAGAAGUAGUGAUUGCUUUGGGAAGUAAUGUAGGUGAUAGACUACAUAACUUCAAGGAAGCCUUGAAAUUGAUGAGGAAGUCAGGCAUACACAUCACAAGACAUGCAAGUCUGUAUGAGACAGCACCAGCGUAUGUUACUGACCAACCUCACUUCCUCAACUCAGCAGUAAGAGCUGUUACUAAACUCGGGCCACAUGAAUUAUUGUCUGCACUCAAACGAAUCGAGAAGGGCAUGGGCCGUACUGACGGUAUAAGGUAUGGUCCAAGGCCAAUUGACUUAGACAUUUUGUUCUAUGGUAAAUUUAAAGUCAGAUCUGAUAUUCUCACAGUACCUCACGAAAGAAUUUGGGAACGACCGUUUGUCAUGGCCCCUUUGAUGGAUUUACUGGGAACAGCUAUUGACAGUGAUACAGUUGCUAGCUGGCAUUCAUUUUCAGGCCAUUCUGGUGGACUAAAUGCAUUAUGGGAAAAAUUAGGAGGGGAAUCCCUUAUUGGAGAGGAGGGUAUGUAUAGGGUAAUGCCUGUUGCUAAUGGUUUACUUGAUUGGUCGGGAAGAACAUUGGUCAUGGGGAUUCUUAAUUUGACUCCAGAUAGUUUCAGUGAUGGGGGGAAUUUUCAGUCUGUGAAGUCUGCUGUUUUGCAGGCUCGGUUAAUGAUAGCAGAGGGUGCUGAUAUAAUUGAUAUUGGUGCUCAGUCUACUCGGCCAAUGGCAUCAAGGAUCUCUGUCGAAGAAGAAUUAGGUAGAUUAAUCCCUGUCCUGGAAGCUGUAAUGUCAAUACCUGAGGUAGAAGGAAAACUCAUAUCUGUGGAUACUUUCUACUCUGAAGUUGCAUUAGAAGCAGUACGUAAAGGGGCUCAUAUUAUAAACGAUGUAUCUGCCGGAAAGUUAGAUGCAAGUAUGUUUAAGGUCAUGGCAGAGCUUGAUGUUCCAUAUGUCGCAAUGCACAUGAGGGGUGACCCGAGUACAAUGCAGGAUAGUGAAAACCUGAAAUAUGAUAACGUUUGCAAGGAUAUAUCAUCGGAAUUAUACUCGCGGGUUAGAGAGGCAGAAAUAUCGGGAAUCCCGGCAUGGAGGAUUAUUAUGGACCCUGGAAUUGGAUUCUCAAAGAAAACCGAAGACAAUUUAGAGGUACUCAUGGGAAUACCUGAUAUUAGAGAAGAGAUUUCAAAAAGAAGUUUGGCCAUCUCUCAUGCUCCUAUACUAAUUGGGCCCUCAAGGAAGCGAUUUUUAGGUGAAAUUUGCUCUCGCUCUUCUGCGGUCGAGAGGGACCCCGCUACCAUUGCUUCUGUCACCGCGGGCGUGUUGUGUGGUGCAAAUAUUGUUCGAGUGCAUAAUGUUAAAGAUAAUCUAGAUGCGGUGAAGCUUUGUGAUACAAUUCUGAAACAAAAAAGUUUUCCAAUGAAAUUUAAACAGUGA